CAUCAGAAAGAAAUGGUAGGGUAUUCUAGAACAUACACAGCUCGGAACUCUCGGAAGCAGUUCAAAAACAGACGUUCAAGAGAAAGGAUUACUGUGCAAACAUAAUAUUCAAAUAUAAACAGUGAUUAGUAUAAUAUUGUUGAAGAAAAUUAUUUAUAAAUUUAAAGAGUUGUUUUGAUAAUUAUAAUGACGGCUAGUGUGCCAGCGAUUUUAAAAUUUUUAAGUAACAAUCAGGAUUAUCCAAUGAAUCAGAAUAUUAAUAUGGCCCAGAGGGCAAAGAAAAGACGAUUGGAUCAUUUGUCAUGGGAAGAAAAAGUACAAAGGAAAAAAUUGAAAAAUCGCGUGGCAGCACAGACAUCCCGUGACCGCAAGAAAGCCAAAAUGGAACAGAUGGAACAAGCCCUUCAGCAACUCUUCUCGCAGAACGAGGCUCUUUCCGCAGAAUGCGAAAACUUAAAAGUCACCAACCAGAGGUUGACCGAGGAGAACGCAGAGCUGUACAGUCGCCUGCAGGCGCCCUGUGAAAACUGCACCCAAAGCCGGACUGUCGAGUGUGAGGUCCAGAACGGAUCGACAGUAUCCACCCUUCAACCGCAAGGAAGGACCACACACUCAGCAGCGGCUUUGAACAAGCAGUCGGUAGCAGUCUUGGAAGAUCAUACUGACCUGCCUUCUCUACCGGAUCUCCUCGACGAACUCAACACCGAUGUCGACAUUAAUUCGCUGGAGCAACUUACGCAGAGCCUCCUUCAAGAUAUCGCCAGAGACUUGGAGACAGCUGCUCAGAAAACAGAUUGUCAAGAACCAGUCUGUAAUAGACAAGAGGGUCCUGGAGAGGUGGUGGGGACGGCAUCAACGGAGCUGGAAUCCGAUGGAGGUGACGUGUUAAACGAUAACAGGAAGUCACUGGAGAAAGACAUCUCCGAAUACCUUCUUUUACAUCACAACUACGCCGCUAAACCGCCUACUCAGAACGCUAGAAAACCGAAAACCAACCGGAGGAAACUGAAAGCAAUUAGACCAAAAGUAAACACAAACGUAUUGGAUAGAAAUAGAUUAGCCGUCGAUUUAAAUACGCCCGUAAUAAUAGCCGAGAAUGAUGUCAGUAGCAGCGACAUCCUUUAUGGCACUUACAGUGAAGACUCGAACAGCGUGACGAUCAUCGUCGAUGGUAACGGAAUUCCUAUUAGCGAAGCCGUUACUGAAAUCGUCUCAAAAGAUAAUCAAGAUGCUAGUGAUGACACGGUCGCUGCUGUUGAUAACAAUUUCUUGUCUGUUCCAACAAUUCUGGGAAACGUUUCUCCCAGAUCUACGAGUAGUUCUGAUAACGGCUACGAGUCUCUGGAUUCUCCGCAGAGUUUAUCAGACUUGGAUAUCUGGGAUCAAAGUGUAUCAGAAUUGUUUCCGUCCUUAUUUUAAUUGAGAAAAUUCCAAAACCGAACUGAUUUGUAAAUAUUUUAUAAAUUGUUUAUUUUAGGUUAAGGCUAAUUUAUUUUUGUACUUGAUAUGUAAUUAAGUUAUGUUUUAAUUUAUUUAGCAAAUAUAGUUGUGAUGUAAAGAA